CGCGCGGUCACGUGAGGCGGCCGCGCGCAGGGCGCCCCCCGCCGCCGGACGCGCCCGCGAUGCUGCGCCCGCCCGGGCCCGCCCCGGGCUCGUGGCUCUGCUGAUCCUCCGUGCUCCGCUCGUGUCCCCCAUGGGCUCACCAGUGUCCUUCGUGCUCUCGAGGAUGUCGGGCUGCGGUGCCCCCGGUGCCAAGAGCCGGGUGACGGUGCCCAAGCGCGUGUGGGAGUUCGUGACGCGGGAGCGCGCGGCGCGCCUGGCGCUGCUGGCGCAGGAGGCGCGGGUGCGGAUCCUGGUGGACGGCGAGACCCCCGAGCUGUACGUGCUGCAGCUGUGCGCGACCCCCCCGGCGCCCCCCGGCGGCGCGGGGCUCUGCCCGGCCCGCAAGGCGCUCAAGGCGCUGCUCAAGGAGACCGAGAAGGAGCUGAAGAAGCGCAGCCAGCGGCACGGGGAGGUGCUGGGGCCGCGGGCCGAGCCCCCCGCGGGCGCCGCGGGCUGUCCCGGCGCGGGCGCGGCGCGGGACGAGGAGCCGGAGCGGCAGUGCCCGAUCUGCCUGGGCGAGAUGCGCGGGCCGCGCACGCUGGAGCGCUGCCGCCACUCGUUCUGCGGGGAGUGCAUCGCGCGGGCGCUGCAGGUGCGCUCCGCCUGCCCCGUCUGCGGCCGCUUCUACGGGCAGCUGGUGGGCAACCAGCCCCCCGACGGCCGCAUGCUGGUCACCCGCGACGCCGCGCUGCCGCUGCCCGGCUACGAGGCCUUCGGCACCAUCAUCAUCCAGUACGUCUUCCCGCCCGGCGUGCAGGGGGUGGAGCACCCGAACCCGGGCGUGCGGUACCCGGGCACCACGCGCGUGGCGUACCUGCCCGACUGCCCCGAGGGGAACAAGGUGCUGGGGCUGUUCCGCAAGGCCUUCGCCCAGCGCCUCACCUUCACCGUGGGCACCUCGCUGACCACGGGCCGUGCCAACGUCAUCACCUGGAACGACAUCCACCACAAGACCAACUGCACCGGCGGGCCCCAGCUGUUCGGGUACCCCGACCCCACGUACCUCGCCCGGGUGCAGGAGGAGCUGCGGGCCAAGGGCAUCACCGAGGACUGAGCGGGGGGCACGGACCCCUCCCGGGCACGGGGACCCCCCAGGAUCACCCCGGGCAGCGAGGACCCCCCAGAGCCCCCCUGGGCAGCGGGACCCCCAAACAAGGGGACACCCCCAGGGGCAGGAGGAGCCCCCCCAGGCAGAGGGAGCCCCCUUCAAUGGGACCCCCAUGCAGGGGAUCCCCCACACAACGGGACCCCCGUGCAGGGGGAUCCCCUCUUCAAUGGGACCCCCAUGUGGGGGGAUCCUCCCAUCCAACAGGACCCCCAUGCAGGGGGAUCCCCCACAAAAUGGGACCCCCCAUGCGGGGGGAUCCCCCCAUAAAACCGGACUCCCAUGCCAGGGGAUCCACCCUUCAAUGGGACCCCAUCCAGGGGGUUCCCCCCCCAUCCAACAGAACCCCCCAUGCGGGGGGUCCCCCAUAAAAUGGGACCCCCCCCAUCCAAUGGGACCCCCCCAUGCAGGGGGAUCCCCCCAUAAAACGGGACCACCCCUGAAUUGGGGACCUCCCCAGCCCCCCCGGCUGGCAAUGGGGGGGGCACAAGGAGGGGCCCAGACCCCCCCAGAGGGGUUGGUGCCCCCCAGCCCCCGCAGCACGGACAGACAGACGGACCCCUGUCGGACCCCUGUACAUAGCCCUGACCCCCAGGACAGACAGACAGACGGGGGAUCCCCGCCCCCCCAGCCCCGGGGGGGGGGUCCCACCCUCGGGGGGGGUUAUUUAUUUUGUAUUUCCCCCCCAGGUCUGUAACUUUGAUCCAAUAAAAAUAUGCAACGGA